CUGCAGGAUAGUAGCUCUCGAGGACUGGGAUUGGGCACCCCUGGUUUAACUGCACAAUGAAUCCCUGGACGAUCUCAAUAUAAGAAAAAAGACAUACACUUUUAAAAUAAUGGACGAGAAGACGGCUGCCGCCCUGCGGAACUAUUUAUCAGCUGCAGUGUCUACACGGACAGCAGUAAGGGCGUCAUUUUUGAGGUUAUUUACAGGCGCACGGAGCUGCUACGACUCUCGGCUGGAGUUGCAGACUGCGGCCCGAGCAGAGGAGGGGCGGCUGAUUAUGGUGUAGCGCGGAGCGCUAGCUCUGAGACAGCAGGCAUUUGAGCAGCAGUGCAUUGCAGCACGGUGCACCGUGGUUUUGACAGUCAUAUCACAUCAGCGUAGCCAUGCUCACGUUGGCCAGUAAGCUGAAGAAAGAAGACGGAGGAAAGACAGGCCGUGCCUCCGGAGCCUCAGACUCCACCCACAGGGUCUCAAUCAGAGACCGCCUCCUUACCAAAGAAGUUGCCGAACUUGAAGCCAAUCUUCCUAGCACAUGCAAAGCCAGUUUUCCAGAUGAGGAUAAGCUGCAUCAUUUUCAGCUGGCAGUGUCUCCUGAUGAGGGUUACUACCAAAGUGGAAGGUUUCAAUUUGAAAUAGAUGUCCCUGAAGCCUAUAACAUGGUGCCUCCUAAAGUGAGAUGUCUGACCAGAAUAUGGCAUCCCAAUAUCACGGAGAAUGGAGAAAUCUGUUUGAGCUUAUUGCGGGAGCACUCUAUUGAUGGCACAGGCUGGGCCCCCACUAGAACAUUAAAGGAUGUGGUCUGGGGAUUGAACUCCUUGUUUACUGACCUUUUGAACUUUGAUGACCCGCUGAACAUUGAUGCAGCAGAACAUCAUCUGAGAGACAAGGAGGACUUUCGGAAUAAGGUUCAAGAUUACAUCAAGCAUUACGCCAGAUGAUAAAAGCAUUGGUGACCCGCUGCAGCCUGCACCAACUAACCAAACUGCUCUACCUUGCCUCUGCUUCUCUUGGCCAACUCCCCUCCCACAUGUGUGAAUCAGCAGCUGACUCUUUGACUCGUACCACUCCCCUCCCUCUCGACACCACAGCUCUGGCGACGCCCCGCCUCUUCUGUUCACCCAAUUGCAAUAAACUUCACAUCGCAGGAAUGAAAUAAAAAA